UGAGGCGGUGAGCGGAGCGCCGGCGAGCCUUGCUUGAGCCCCGGCAGCGGCGCAGGGCUGGAAAAACUCCCCGUAGUUUUUGCUUGAACGUAUUGGAAUCCUGAAGAAACAGAUAGUAGAGGCCAGAUGAGAGCAAAGCAGUGAUUGGCUUGGUGACCACUACUUCCGGCUCCUAAGGAUUAUUGCCAGAUUGCUGUGGAGAUGAAUGGAGAACAGCAGCAUGAGACAGAUGCAGGAUCUGGUGUGGAAGAAGCAGAAUUCAACUGGGAUGAGUAUUUGGAAGAUACAGGAGCAACAGCAGCACCCCACAGCUCAUUUAAGCAUGUGGACACUAGCCCACAAAAUGGCUUUUCACCUGGCAUGAAGCUGGAAGUUGCUGUCAAGCCUGGUCCUGACACAUACUGGGUUGCCACCAUCAUCACCACUUGUGGGCAGUUACUGCUGUUGCGCUAUGAUGGUUAUGGAGAAGACCGCAAGGCUGACUUCUGGUGCGAUAUCAUGACCGCUGAUUUGCACCCAGUUGGCUGGUGUGAGCAGAAUAAGAAGACUCUCAAAGUGCCUGAAGGCAUCAAAGAUAAAAUUUCUAACCAGGAAGAAUUUCUUCAGCAAACUCUGAAAGGAGCAUGCACUGCCCCUGCCAGUCUCCUAGAAGGGCUCCACCGAGGGAAGAAUCCUUUGGAUCUCAUUGCACCAGGUUCAAGACUAGAAUGCCAGCACUUGAAUGAUUCCCUCGGAGCAUGGGUGGUCAGUGUUCUGGAAAACAUUGGUGGCAGACUCCGACUGCGUUAUGAAGGACUUGGAGAUUCAGACCAGCAUGACCUGUGGAUGUUCUACUUGGAUCCCUUUCUCCAUCCAGUGGGUUGGGCAAUUCAGCAAGGUUAUAUCCUCGAACCUCCUUCAGCUGUUAGACACUUGAAGUCUGAGGCAGAAUGGCAGGAGAUCCUGGCAAAAAUAAAAGAAGAGGAAGAAGAUUCUUUGGUGCCUACUGAUCUAUUUAAGGACAAGCCUAUUGUUGGAAUGCACUCAUUCUCGACGAAAAUGAAGUUGGAGGCUGUCGAUCCAAAGGCCCCCUUUGUCAUCUCACCUGCUACAGUUACAAAGGUGUUCAAUGAUCACUAUUUCAUGAUAGAAAUAGAUGAUCUGAGAUCAGAACGCACCACAAGCCGUUCUUAUGUGUGUCAUGUCAACAGCCCUGGUAUUUUCCCUGUGCAGUGGAGUCUAAAGAAUGGCUUGCAUCUCAGCCCUCCACCUGGUUAUCCUGGACAGGACUUUGACUGGGCAGACUAUCUCAAACAGUGUGGAGCUGAGGCUGCUCCCGAGAGUUGUUUUUCCAUGUUAAAUUCUGACCAUGGAUUUAAGGAGAACAUGAAACUUGAGGCUGUGAACCCAGAAGAUCCACAAGAAAUUUGUGUUGCUACAGUUACAAAGGUGAAGGAUUCCUAUCUCUGGCUGCAGUUGGAAAGUUCUAAAAUGCCCAUCCUUGAAUGCAUAGUGAGUGUGGAAUCCAUGAAUAUAUUUCCAGUAGGUUGGUGUGAAACUAAUGGAUACCAGCUCAGGCCUCCUCGCAGAGCAAUAGUGAACAAGGAAAAGAAAAUUGCAGUGGUCCAACCAGAGAAGCAAAUACUAUCUUCAAGGACUGACAAUGAAGGACUAAAGAGCCAGGAACUAAACACUGCUGACACCAUUGUAACAAAUGGUAAAUACUGCUGUCCAAAGAUCUACUUCAACCACCGCUGCUUCUCAGGACCAUACCUUAACAAAGGUAGAAUUGCGGAACUGCCACAGUCUGUAGGACCUGGAAAUUGUGUGCUUGUUCUUAAAGAGGUUCUCUCUUUGUUGAUCAAUGCUGCCUACAAGCCUAGCCGUGUUCUUAGAGAAAUACAAUUGGAUGAGGAAGCUGCAUGGCACGGAUAUGGAGAAACCCUGAAAGCAAAGUAUAAAGGAAAGAGUUACCGUGCAACGGUGGAGGUUGUAAGAACAGCUGAUCGGGUUUCAGAGUUCUGCAGGCAGACCUGUAUCAAAUUAGAAUGUUGUCCGAAUCUCUUCGGCCCCCAGAUGGUGCUAGACAAGUGUUCAGAGAACUGCUCUGUUCUGACAAAAACCAAAUAUACUCACUAUUACGGGAAGCGGAGAAAUAAAAGGAUUGGCCGACCACCAGGUAUCCACAGCAACACAGAGGCAAGCAUGAAGAAGGCAAGCAGGAAGAGAAAGAAACGGAAAAACUUCUUUGUUCAUAAGAAGAAACGAUCAUCUACCUCUGUAGAUAACACACCAGCUGGCUCACCCCAAGGCAGCGGAUGUGAAGAGGAGGAUGACCAGGAUGAAGUGGACGAAGAAUCCCUGACAGAAGACAGUACCUCUGAGCAUCAGGAAGAACUGUUAGAAGAGUCUGAAGUGUCUGAGAAGAAAUCGCGGUCCUCCUCCCCCGCACAGAGUGAGCGGUCCCAUUUUGGGGCUCAGGACCGGGACAAACAGAAGAGAAAACUGUGUUCCUUUUCCUUUUCAGAUGAUGAAAAUAAGCCCCCUUCACCAAAGGAAAUAAAGAUAGAAGUUGGCGAGAAAUUGCAGCUGGACAGCAACCCUCUGGAAUGGAGCGUAGCUGAUGUUGUGCGAUUCCUCAAAUCUACAGACUGUGCACCAUUAGCUAGAAUAUUUAUGGAUCAGGAAAUAGAUGGACAGGCACUUCUCCUGCUCACCCUUCCCACUGUUCAGGAGUGCAUGGACUUGAAACUUGGCCCAGCCAUUAAACUUUGCCAUCACAUUGAAAGAGUUAAAUUUGCCUUCUACCAGCAGUUUGCUAACUAAAGGGGAAUUGGUGGAGGGAGAGGACAGAAAGCUGAAACUGAAUUUUUGAAGCACAACUGCAGUCUCCUGCUCUUUCUUCAGCAAGGGGAGCCAAGCAGGGUCAGAGAGAACGGCUCAUGAAUAGACAUUUGCAGUCUUGCACUUUGAGGAAAGAAAAAAAAUUACUUGGAGCAAAACAUAAACAUGGUCCUAGCUCUUUUCCCAGCUGUCUCUUGGGUUAGGAAUGCAGUACUUGCUCAUUCUAUACACCAAGACUCUUUUAUGAAUAAAAGUGGUUGUAAUCUCUCCUCCAAGGGGAGAAAAUUUCCUCAAGUUCUAGUGUGAAAAGGAGAAACUUGACCGCAUGUGGAAGGGAAUGCAGAGUGAUGGAAAUCUCCUUGCUGUGUGCAGAACUACCCCGUUUUCCUUGCCUUCAAGAUGAUUGCCAAGAUAAGUGCUGUGGCCAAAAGCUUAAACACUGAAGUGCAGCCAGAUUUGUUUAUGGUCUUUAUUUUGCAGCUUGCUCUCUACCUCUACAACCUGAAAAAGCUACAAGGGAAGUAAACAUUUUGGGGAAGGUCAUAUAUGGCUAUGCAAUGGCUGCUUUUCUGCAGCUAGAUUAAGGAAGCCAACUUUUUUUUCUCCUGACAGAUACUCUGUGCCUUUAACAGCUGAUAGUCACACACUUGGGGGUAGAGACUUUUGUCUGGAGAGGUAGUGAUGGUGAUGCCUGAUGCCAUUUCUGUCUGACAUGCUGGUAAAGGCACAGAGUGGGUGGGGUGGGGGAGAUUUUGGAAACUGUAGAUCAGAAAUUUGAAUGUUUGCUUUGAAUGGCUUUGCUUUACAGAAAAGCUGCAAUGAGUUUUUAAAUUAUUUUUACUGAAAGCUGCUCAGAAAUACUGACACUUUAGUAAUAUCAUUUUUCUGUUUCGGACAAUUUUAGUGAAGUAUUGCAUGUUACUUUUUCUAGGAAAAAAACCGACACGAUAGGGAUUACAUUUUCUUCUCUUGUCCUCAUUUGUUUGAAAAACCAACCUUGCAUCGGUAGAGGAAGAAAGAAUGGAAACUGAGCUCCUGCCAAUACUCAGAUGUUACGAGUUUCCUCCAAAUAAUUGUAGUUGUUGUGUAAUGCAUGGGUGGAAUAGCAACUUCCCUCUUCUAGCUAAGUAUAUAACAGCAUGGAUGUCCUCUUGUGGCACAGUUCAUGCAUAUGUUGACCUAUGUUGACCGUGUACGCGUUUGGAGAUGUUAGGAGAUGGGGAUCCAUGGUUCUCCACAUGACUUUGUGGCUUAAUGUAGAGAGAAUUAAUGUGCUGACUGAUGUUUCUCAGUAGAGCAGCUUCCCACAACUGCAACCACUAAUGUUGGGUGCACAUGAUUGAAGAAAAUAAAGGUCUUGAUUUCUGCAGAGUGGGUUCAAACUCAUUGAGAUUCAGUCAUGCAUCAGGCAUUUCUACCCGUUAUAUGUGUAUAUUAAGUUUGAAAGAUAUCUGGUCACUUCAGUCUGUGAAGAUUUGGUGUUCACAGAUCAAAAGAUUAUUUUCUCCCUGGUCUUGUCCUAGGGUAUGCAUAAAUGCUGUUUAAGAAGGGUGCAUGGUAUUUUGAAAGACAUGGCCUCAUUAGCUUCCAGCUAUAUAGGUCUCCCAAACUAUAGAUGAAGAGAAUGAUUUCCCAAGUGUUCAUAUUUCAGGUUUCAACCAAAGUAGAUUUAGUACAUAAAAUCCUAAGUAAAUGUACUUAUGGGCCAAAUUUGCACCUACACUUGUAUAUCAAAUUAGUGCUAUUUCUUUGGCCCAUUUAUUUAUGAGAAAAUGAAUUUAGUGUGUUCAUGUGCAAGCGAGUGUGGGUGUGUCUGAGGGCAAAUGCCUCUAUUUAGCACCAGAAAGAAAAUGGAUCUCUUUUCAUCAUCCAACCUCAAUGUAUCUUUUGCUCUAUGAACAGGCACCUGUUGGGUACCUUAAUCCAAAAAGGGAACCAUAUGAACUUUGUAUGUACAAACAAAUGUCUUUAAGAUUUUCAGGGUUUUUAAAGUUCAAAUUUUCAUACUCCAUACAUUGCUGUAAAUAAGUCUGUUUCUGAUGCCAGUGGAGUAGAUGCUGGCUAUCUGGGAUAUAUUUAUACGCUUGUAUUUCUUUCUUGCUUUAGCAGUUUGGUCCCAGUGGGAUCCAUUUAGGGGAUUUCAAAAAGAAAAUGCAUUUCAUUGUUUUGUUACUUUUGAGUGAGUCAUUUCUAUGCAACACACGGGUACUUGUAGACUUCGUUUCUCGAGGCAGUUCAAGCAUGGCUUGUAGGCUGGAGUUUAAAGGGUUUGAUGCAACCAACAAAGCAUUCACUCCCUGAAUAGUUCUGGAAUAUUCCCCUAGUGUAGUGAAAUGUAACUUCACCUACAAACCCUUCAUGUCAUUCCAUUUACUGGCCAGAUGGAUCAGCUGGAAUUUUAUCUGACUUAGUACUGAUAAUGACACUCAUAAGCUCCUGUGCUAUUGUAGUGGACUGGGGGUUGAGUUGGCAAACGUUGGUAGCAUUGUAUCCUUUUACUAUACCAAUGACAUUCUAGUUAGGACAGGGGUAUGCACCCAUUGGCUUUAAGGUCUGUUUUAUACUUUUCCCACAAAGCAAAAGUGGGAACAGGUAGAUGUACUUUUUAUUUCUCUUAGGGCUACUUGCUAUGAAAAAGAUAAUGUGACAAUACAUUUUGCAGAUGCAGGCUUUCUCCUGUGAUUGGCUUUUUGGGAAGCAGUUUGCAAAAAUAUUAACACAUUAACUUUGUCUACUGUACACUGAAAAGUUGCACAUCUAUCAAAAUGUGAGAUAGUUGUGGUCUAGUUUUACUUUUAUAAUGCUAGAUAUUUGGGAGAAGAAAGUGGGAAGCCAGUAGUGUGUAGGUCUUUUAUCAGACUGUGUACUUGAAGGAGGCCUGGUGUAGAGGAACAUUUAUCAAUGCUUUAUCAAUUCUGUGCCUGUCUUGGAACUUUCAAUCCUGUUAAGAUAAUGGAAGCCUUAUAUUCCUGAUCAGAUCAAUAAUUCACAAGAAGGUAGAAUGAGUUGGUUACAAAAUGUAUAGCAAUAUAAUAAAGCAUCAUUUACUCCCUGAAUUGAGCACACAUUUUCCAUAUGUGUAGAGGAUUGUUAAUGUAUUACUAGCCAAAGGCUAAUCAGCUCAAAGCAGUUGGGUUGUACAUGAGUGGAAGAUUUUGCAAAUAUGCCAAAUUGUGAAGUUUUAAAACCAGGAUGGCUAAUGCACAUCUUUGCCUCAGCCACUUUAUUUCUUUGUGUACAUAUUGUGAAGCUUUAUGAUUCUAAUAGAAGACAUGUUGCCAAAAGUCAUUUUACCAGAGAACUAAAUUAAAUGUUUUAAAUAAAAAUCUUUUAACACAGUUUUCAGCUUUUGCUAAGAAGGUUACCUACUGUGCUGCCUGCUAAAGUUUUUGAAAUACCCAAGUUUUGCAAAGCACAAAUGGAUUGGCUUUGCCUUGAUGACCUCAUGAGUAUAAGUUUGACUGAGAGCUCAUGUUGGUAUUAACACUCCCCAAAUCAUUCGUGUAUGACCUUUGAUUUUGAAGGUAGCCUUAUGAGUAAAAGGUCGGAAUGGAUUUUUAUGUACAAUGAUAGAUUUUAAACCUCAUUCUGUAAUGCAAUGGUAUUCACUGUGCAUGCAGUAAUCAGAUACCCCGUGGGCUGGAUUUAUAGCAAAUGGGUUGUACAGUGAAUACCACUAAUGUGAAUUAUUUAUAUAUGUGCGUGUGUGUUUCAAAACAUCAAAACUGGAGAGAGGCUGGAAGUACAGCAGUUAUUUCUUACUAGUUGCUUACUUGCCAGCGUGGGAUCUAAUCCUUAUACUGCAAUCUACCUAAGAUUGCUUAAAUACAAUUGGACAUCUGCAGUAUAAGGGGCCUGAACUAUGGAAUGCAGCAAGUUGCAUGUAUUUUUAUCUCUGGAGGAAGCAAAGUUCCUCUGGCCUUCUCUUGUUAAGCUGCAAGUCUCUGCAGAAACAAACGACCAGACAUGUGGAACUUUGAGUGAUUUAAAUAGAUGACUUUCUGUAAAGAACUCGCUCCUUUCAUUGCAACUCCUAUGAAGCCUUAAGUACUGUCCAUAUGUCAGUGAGGCUUCAUGUUGGCUUUUCAUGCUGCUAUCAUGUUCCGCCCUCACCCAGUGCACACAUCCAGUUCUAUUAAUGUUUAUAGACAAUCAAAAUAUCUUGAAAGAGCCUCCUAGGGCAGAUAUCGCCAACAUAUAUGUAGAUCUGUUUGUUGUAAUUGCUCAUGGACAUGCACUUUCCCUGCUUCGUUUUCUUUAAAAAAUGGUGUAUAUUGUGUUGUCUCCUCCUGCUUGCUGUAUUUUUUCUCUUUGAUUUUAAUUAAUAUAUAUGUGUGAAUUGAGGGUAAAAUUCUAAAAUGGAGGAAUAUGCACAUUAAAAUAUUCAUAUUGAAGUUGCUCCUUUGCUGGAUAAGUGCAUCAGUUAAAGGGUUUUAAAAUAUUUUGGAUGGAUUAUUUUGCUUGGGUUUUUUUUCAUUUCUGUAAAUGAAUGUACAUAAUUUUGUGGUACUUCAUAACUGUUUUAAGUGGUUGUAAGGAAAUUAAAAAUGCUUAAAUUGG